UGUGAGUGGCUCUGCGCUUCGUAACACAGUCCAACACAGACUGGUCACCUGUAAUGACAAGCAGGUAACAACGCACAAGUUGGCCCUUGGAUACCGUUAUUCUAAAUUACCCGAAAGUAGAGAUGAGCUGUCAGGGCGAUCGCACUGUUCCGAUGAGGGUGUUGGUGACAGGAGGAUCCGGCUUGGUGGGCAGGGCCAUACAGCACGUGGUCAAAGAGGAGGGGGUAGCCAAGGAGGGGGAAGAAUGGAUAUUCCUCUCGUCCAAAGAUGCCGACCUCACGAACAUGGAGGCGACACGGGCGGUGUUUGAAAAACAUCGGCCAACCCACGUCAUUCACCUGGCUGCUAUGGUUGGGGGGCUUUUCAAGAACAUGAAGUACAACCUGGACUUCUGGAGAACCAAUGUCUACAUCAAUGAUAACGUGCUGCAGGCAGCACAUGCAGUUGGUGUGGUCAAGGUUGUUUCCUGCCUAUCCACCUGCAUCUUUCCUGAUAAGACCACCUACCCUAUCGACGAGACAAUGAUCCAUAAUGGUCCACCCCAUGAUUCGAACUUUGGCUACGCCUAUGCGAAGAGAAUGAUUGAUGUUCAUAACAGGGCAUAUUUCCAGCAGCAUGGACGCUGCUAUACAGCUGUGAUUCCCACUAAUGUGUUUGGUCCUCAUGACAACUUCAGCAUUGAGGAUGGUCAUGUGCUGCCAGGCCUCAUCCACAAAGCUUACAUUGCUCAAAAGGAGGAGAAGCCCCUGGUGGUCUGGGGCUCCGGCGCGCCCAGAAGACAGUUCAUUUACUCUUUGGACCUGGCUCGUCUCUUCCUGUGGGUCCUGAGAGAGUAUCCAGAGGUCGAUCCAAUCAUUCUCUCUGUUGGAGAGGAAGAUGAAGUGUCUAUCAAAGAAGCAGCAGAAGCAGUUGUGCAAGCACUAGACUUUAAAGGAGAGGUGGUGUUUGAUACCAGUAAAUCAGACGGCCAGUUCAAAAAGACAGCCAGCAAUGCAAAGCUGCGCCGCUACCUGCCGGACUUCACCUUCACACCCUUCAAACAAGCUUUAAAGGAAACCUGUGAUUGGUUUGUUGCCAACAAUGACUCAGCCCGGAAGUGAAAACUCUGGCUAACAGAGUCUGUCAACCCAUGACUUCGUCUGUUGGAGCAGAGGGUGAAUGCAGAAGGUGGUGAUGGCAGAGGUGGAGAGGGCUGGAAGGAGAGAAGAUGGUUCACCUGCACAGGAAGAUGGCUCGUGCCGAAUGAAGUCUGCAUAAUAAACAACCUAUUGUAAUAGCAGGCAUCAUAUUCCUACUACCCAUAUGUAGGUUUUUUUUCACUGUGGUGAGGUUACUCAUUUGAAAUGUUAAUUGACUGCUUCAAUCAUGGAAUCAAGGUGCUGGCACAAUUUAAGAAUUUCAGUAAUUCUCAUUAAAUCUUUUCUAGCAGUUACAUAUCCUAUUAAUAAACUACCUUUAUUCUCAAAGGGUUUGGGAUUUGGGGGUUAAAAUGAUUCACUUUAUUUAAUAGACAGUGAUGGUACAGGCUGUUUAACUGGUGGCUUGGAUUUUUUUUUUACUCAGUAUAUUGGCAGUGAGAAAAAUAAAUGUUUUAUACUUGUAA